AUGAUCUUGGACCGUCAAGAAUCACUUGGACAGUUGGUUUGGCCAAUCUUUCUCAAUGUAGAGCCUUCCCACGUAAGAAAUGAGACAGGCCGUUUUGGAGAUGCCUUGCUUUUAUAUGAAGCUCCUCAUGAUUCCACUAAUAAUAGCAAGUACAAGGAAAAGCUGUUCAAAUGGAAGAUUGCUUUGAGGAAAGCUGGCAAUCUAUCUGUAUGGUAUUUCAAUGAAGGAGACGAAUCUGAGCUAAUCCAGAGAAUUGUGGAAGCAACAUUGAGCAGAGUGAACCGCACAACUCUUUAUGUUGCCAAAUAUCCAGUUGGAAUAGACGCCCAGAAUUGUGGAAGCAACAUUGAGCAGCGUGAAACGCAUAUAACUCUUGAUUUUGCCAAAUAUCCAGUUGGAAUAGAUGCCCCAUGUACAGUAUCUGGGAUCAUUAGCAGAGAUGAAUCUGAGUUAAUCCAGAGAAUUGUGGAAGCAACAUUGAGCAAAGUGAACCGCACACCUCUUUAUGUUGCCAAAUAUCCAGUUGGAAUAGAUGAACGUGUACAGCAUUUGGGUUCAUUAGCAGAUGUUGGAGCGAAAGAUGUCCGAGUGAUAGGGAUUCAUGGAACUGGUGGUAUAGGCAAGACAACUAUUGCCAAAGUUGUUUUCAACAAAUUUGCUGAUGAUUUUGAAGUUUCUAGCUUCCUUGCAAAUGUUAGGGAAACAUCACAGCAAUAUUGUGGUUUGGUCCAGUUACAGGAAACACUUUUGUUUGACAUGUUGGGGGAUCAAAUCUUAAAGUUGGAGGCGUUGGCUGGAGAGCAUGCUUGGUUUGGCCCAGCAAGUAAAGUUAUCAUAACAACUAGAAAUAAGCACUUAUUAACCACUUACAGAGUUGAUGCAACAUAUGAGGUUGAGGGAUUUAAUUACGAUAAAGCUCUUGAACUUCUUAGCUGGAAUGCUUUUAAAGGAAACAAGCCAGCAGAAGGUCACCAAGAACUCUCGCAGCGUGUUGUAGAAUACGCUGAUGGGAAUCCUUUGGCGCUAGUGGUGUUAGGUUCCUUUCUAUGCGGUAGGAGCAAACAGGAAUGGACGAGUGCCAUCAAGGAUAUAGAAAAGAAACCCCACAAGCAGGUUUAUGGAAUACUUAAGAUAAGUUUCGAUGCUUUACAGGACAAUGAAAAGACUAUCUUUCUUGAUAUUGCAUGUUUCUUUGUUGGUGAGGACAGAGAUUAUGUCAUUAAAGUACUUGAGUGCUUUAAUCUCUGUCCGACCAUCGGAAUUGAAGUUCUUAUUGAUAUGUCUCUCAUUACUGUAGAGGAGCGAAAAGUGAAAAUGCAUAAUUUAAUACAAGAAGUGGGUUGGGAAAUUGUCCGCCAAGAAUCUCCUGAAGUUGGCAAACGCAGUAGAUUAUGGUUAACAGAGGAUGUUUUUCAUGUAUUCUUGGAGAACAUGGGAACGAAUGCAAUUGAAGGCAUUAAGUUGGUCUUGACUGAACAAAAGACUCUGUACCUGAGUUCCAAAGCAUUCAAGAAAAUGAAAAGGCUACGAUUGCUUAUUUUUCAUAAUGUAAUUCUUUCAACAACCAUUGAAUAUCUUCCCACUGGAUUGAGAUUCAUUGAUUGGCCUGGAUAUCAGUUUCCCACUUUACCUCUCAAUCCUGGUCCCAAACAUCUUGUCAUACUUAAUAUGCCUAAAAGCCAUAUUCAAAAACUUGGUGAAGGAUUCAAGAAUUUUGAAAACUUGAAAGUUGUGAACUUGAGUUCCUCUAAGUUCUUAACCGAAAUUCCUGACCUUUCAACAACACCAAAGCUCGAGAGUUUGUACCCUGGGGAGUGUACUAAUUUAGUUCAGAUUCAUGAUUCUGUUGGAUCUCUCAAUUGGCUGGGAAUAUUGGACCUUCAGUUUUGUGAUAAACUCAGGAUUCUUCCAAGCAGUCUUCACUCUGAGAAUCUUGGAACACUAAAUCUCACAGACUGCUUUAGUAUUGAGAGGUUUCCCAAUAUUAACGUAGAAAUGAAACUUCUAGAUAGACUUUGUUUAUCUGGCACUGCUAUAAAAGAGUUAUCUUCCUCAAUUGAUAAACUAGUUAGGCUUAGACUCUUGAACUUGGCCUCUUGUGAAAAACUUGAGCAUAUUCCACAUAGUAUUUAUAAUCUGCAUCAACUUGAGAAUUUUGAUCUUCAUGGUUGCUCACAACUCUCUAAGUUUCCGAGGUACAUCUCCUUGUCAAAUAAGAAUGAAAUGUUCCCAAGUUUGGAGUUGCUUCCUCAUAGCAGCAGUUUGAACGUGCCCUUCCAGAAAUUAGAAUCCGUUGAUCUUCAUACCUGCAAUCUAUCAGAAGCAGAUUUCCUUAUGCCUUCUAAUGGAUUUGAAAAUCUUCAAUUUUUGCUUCUAAGUGGCAACAAAAUUGUUAGCCUUCCAUCUCUUAAGAGGUUUUCAAAUAUUGUGUACAUUCAUUUGGACAACUGUGAAUUCCUUAGGAAAAUUCCAAAGCUUCCGCCAAAUUUAGACUUUUUUUCUGCAAGAAAUUGCAAAUCCUUGCUCGAGACUUAUGGUAAUUUCCUGGACAAGAUCAUGCGGAGUAAGGACUCUGAAUUCCAAUUUGAAUGUCCAGGACGUCAUAUUCCACACUGGUUCGCCAAAGCGUGUGAAGGGGAUUCUAUACGCUUUGCUGUGGGUUCGACACGAAUGAUGCUUGUUUAUUACAGCUACAAGUUUGCUCGAUUCGGGACGGUUGGUGACAACUAUAUGGUCUCAUUGUCAAAAUUCUGUGUAACCCAGUCCACAAAUAGAGACUUGUUUAUCUCGAGGUGUGGACUCCACAUUGUAUGGCAUGGAGAUGAGAAAAAAAUCCCAUGUCCUCCUUCUCCUCCUCUGUAUCCUGCCAGUCCAUUAAGCAAGAGAAGUUGGAGUGAUUACCCCAAUAAGGCCAUUUUCGAUCCACUGGACACUAAUCCUUGA